AUGGGCUCCGACCGCUUCGAGCUCCGGCGAGAACUAUAUGGAGUUGAUCAGGAAGCACUCGAACACACCAUCUAUUUUGGUUCCGCCAAUCUCACCGUCAACCGCGUCCGCGGACUCUCCAUCCGAGUCUCGGCCCGUGCUCGCGCGGCGGCCGGACCCGACGCUGCUCUGCUGCUUGACUGCGCGGAUGCGCUGGUGGAUGCUGUCGACCAAGCAAGGAAAUCGGCGGCGGAGGUGACGGGUCUCAACGCAAACGGGUCGAAUGUGGCAGCUUGGGCGGGGAACGUGCAGUUGUGCAUGCAUGCAGUGGUGGUCGACGAGGACCGGUGCUCUGACGAUUUCGAUGGGGUCCGCCCUGGCCCUGUGAAGGACGACAUCAGCCGUCGGUUUCGCCAGGUCAAACGAUUCGCUAUGAACGCCUUCUUCCUUGUCAACCAUGCCGUCCCCGCCAUCCCAUAA